ACAGGCAAUGUUAUAUGACAAUGAGAUAGACGUACUUGAUGAAAGGUUGAAGUUACACUGCACAUACACUAUCUCAAAUGCAUCAGUAAAACCAGCUAGGGAAUUCAUCAAUUUGCCAGACCCAAAUUAUAGAAAUUUGUGGAACAUUACAAGGAGAACUAUGAUUGAAGAUGUUGUUGCUGGAGAUGAGAUAAACAUCAACGAACCGGUUCAGCCACACAUAACCCCAUUCUCAGAUUUUUACGCAUGUUUGUCAUCUCGACAACUGAUAAGUAAGCUUAUUAGUUUACUACUGUUAUCUAUCAUACUAUAUUUCUGCUUAUAUUUCUCCAAGGUAUAUAUGCCAGCAACCUCUCCUGCUAUUUUCCAACUCAUGACUACAGAUGUGCUAGCUAUUGUUAUUUGCAAACUACCACGUCAAUACAUUACGACAAGGAAUGGUCAACAAAAUAUUAAUGAGUUUGUGAUCAUCAAUGAAGAAUCAAAACCUGUUAUCAUCACUCUAUGGGGCAACUUUGUCAUGACUGAAGGAAUUCAAAUUGAUUUACAACUUAGUCAAGGCAAAUUUCCGAUUGUUAUUGCUCAGGGAGUUCAUGUAAAUGCAUUCCAAGGUAUUACACUGAGUACGAGAUAUGAUACCACUAUCGAAGUAAAUCCACCCGGACAACAUGCAACGGUUCUUAAUAAAUGGAAAGACAACAACUUAAGCGUUAUCUACAAAACAAUUGUAGACAAAACUUAUCUUGACUCUUUUCUCACACUCUCAAACGCAUUGCAACAACCAAAGUGCACCUUUGCUGAAAUUGACAAUGAAUUAAAGCAGAAACCUAUUGCAUGGGUUAGAGGGAAGCUUAGAAUGAAGAAUGUUGGUCCGCUUGAGUAUUAUAUUGGUUGCAACUAUUGCAACAAGACAGUGAAUUCCAUCGAAGGAUUAAAACUCCAUUGCUUAUACUGUGGCCAAACUGAUGGUCUCACUGUCAGGAGGUAUAAGUUAAAUGUUGAAAUAUCGGAUGGUUCUACAAUUGUGCAAGCUAUUCUCUUUAAUCAUGAUGUGCACCGGCUAAUGUUGUUAGUUGGAAUUGAAAUGCCAACAACUGUUGAGGACAGUGAAAUAUUCCAACAAAAGUUAGAUGCUAUUGAUUUUGUUGUUGGUCUAAGGAUAAAUGCUCUAAAUGAAGAUCAUCCAUCGACAUUGACUUAUUCAGUAGCAUGUAUUUGUAAGGACAUAACAAGAGACACUGGUGAACAACAAGCAACACCACAUGCACGUUCAUCCAACAUUGUGGAAGAAACUUUUACGGUGGGCAAUCCAACAAAGAGAAGGUUAGACUUCGAUGAAUCAUCAAAACAUGCUACUGACAUUCUAGAAGAUGUUACAAGUAAAGAGAAAUCAGUAAGUCUUGAUAAAGGUAAAAGGGCAAAAGUCGAUUAAACAAGUUAGACGAUAAACUUUUUUUAACGCAUAUGUACAUUAUUUAUGGCUUGUAUUUUGUUAUCCCUCUUAAAUCUAUUUAAAAUUGUGGUUG